AUGCGCGGUGACAGCCCCUCGCCCCCCGGGACCCGCCGGCCAGGGCAGAGGUCGGUGCGGCAGCUGCGCGACAGCCGUAGGCCCGCACCUCUCGCUUCCUCCCGCCGGGGAUCCACCUAUAUAGGUGACAAAACACUCAGCCGUUAUGUGGGCCGGAAAAGAGCCCCCACCCAGAGUCACGGACCCCCUAGUACGAGGGUCCGCGCAGUCCCCUCGGUGAGUCUGGCGGAGCAGUCUCGCAGCGAGGGAGGGCGGGGAGGGAGGCGGAGUCUGCUACUCGCGGUGACCGGGACCCCGCCCCAUGAGUGGGUCCUCGCAGGACCCCCUCUGCCGCACACGGGGACCAGCCACUCCGCGGGGGGACCGGGCAGAAACCAGCGCCCAGGUCCAUGCCGUCCCCUCCGCGGCAGACGCGGGGAGCCGGGAUGCAGUGGGGACCGGCCCCGACCCGCAGGGCGACCAGGACCCCGCGCGGGCCCACGCGGUAUUGCAGCAGGUGCGAAGCCCCCGGUGCCACCCGAGGCCGAGACAAAGCCCAGGCGCACGGACCCCGGAUCCCGACCCCGGAACCUGCGGGGCCCAGCUCGUAGCCGCCAUGCCCGGGGCAGGGACCCCGUCGCCCGUCGAGCCGUCUCACCUCAGGCCGCCGCCUCGCAGCGUUCGCUCCUCGCCGUGGCGCCUGGGCCGACUGGAGCGCAGCUGAGCAGCCGACAGAGCCGGGGUAGCCUCAACAAUGGAGCCCCGGGGCGUGGCCGCCGGCGCCGCCGCCGCCGCUUCAGCCCGUGUUCCCCGCUCAGGGUCCGGCUCCGAUCAAGGAGCUGCAGCUGGCUCGGGGCUGCCGCCGGGACACACAACGCACAGGCGCACACGACCCCUCCCGCCGCCCGCCGCCCCGCUCCCCGGCCAAUGGGGAACGAGCUAUGCGGAGGGCGGCUUGGGGGAACAAAGGGAAGUUGGGCGGGGCGGCGCUGGGACUGGGUGUAG